GCAGCAGGGGAGGAGGGGAAGAACCACAUUCACAACUAGUUCCAGAGAGUUGCAUAAAAGCUGCAGAACCAGCAUCCUUCCUCAUCCACGGUGUCAUUUCAAAAGCCAAGUGAGGAGGCUGGGAAAGCUGUGCACUACAGUUGUUCUGAAAUCCACACUGUUUUUCAUUCUGAACUCCAGAGGUUACACCCAGGAUCACAAUAACCUCUCUUGCUGACAGAAAAUUAACUGGAGGAAGUUCCCCACUCCACUUAUUCAGCCUCCUGUCCCACUCCCAGCUGCUCUACUCUUCAUUUAUCUGCAAGUUCCCCUGGACUAAUUCACUGCUCAGUUUCUCAACAGCUUCCUUGGAAAGCUUUACUAAGAUCCCUCCCAAUCUUUAAUUUCCUCGUGUGUAAGAUGAAAAUAUUGGAAGUGAUGAUUUUUGAAGUGGACUGGAGAAGAAGAAGAAGAAGAGGGACAGAGACUAUAGCUGGAAACUCAAGGGCAGUAAGACAUCAUGGAAGACCGUGACUAUUUCUUUGAUGAGUUUGAGAAUUACACCUAUCCCUUUGAGUAUUCUCAAGAAGAGCUGGAAUUGGAAGAGAAGGCUCACCUGGGAGCUGUGCAGUGGAUUUCCCUUGCAUUAUAUAGCCUAGCAUUUGUCCUUGGGGUGCCAGGAAAUGCCAUUGUCAUCUGGUUCACAGGGUUUAAGUGGGAAAAGACAGUCGCCACUCUCUGGUUCCUCAAUCUGGCCAUUGCAGAUUUCAUCUUUGUUCUCUUCCUACCUCUUUACAUUUCCUACGUGGCCAUGAAUUUCCAUUGGCCCUUUGGCACCUGGCUGUGUAAAGCCAACUCCUUCAUUGCCUUGUUGAACAUGUUUGCCAGUGUGUUCUUCCUCACGGUGAUCAGCCUGGACCGUUACGUUCAUCUGAUUCACCCUGUCUUCUCUCAACGUUACCGGACGCUAAAGAACGCCCUCUUUGUCAUUGGCAUAGUCUGGCUGGUGGCAGUUAUGAUUGGUAGUCCUACCCUGUACUUCAGAGAAACUCUUGACCUCAACAACCACACCAUCUGCUACAACAAUUUCCACCAGAAUGACACUGGCAUUAUUUUAAUGAGGCACCAUGUUCUGACCUGGACAAAAUUUGUUUUGGGUUACCUCCUGCCCCUGCUCACCAUGAUUAUCUGUUACUCACUUCUCGCCCUCCAGGUGAAGAGGAGAGCGACCCUGAGGUCCAGCAAGCACUUCUGGACAAUACUGGCCGUGGUGCUGGCCUUUGUGAUUUGUUGGACUCCCUUUCACCUCUUUAGCAUUUGGGAGCUGUCAAUUCACCACAGCAGCCACUUCUACCACGUGCUUCAGGCAGGACUCCCCCUCUCUACUGGUUUGGCCUUCUUCAAUAGCUGUCUGAACCCUCUUCUUUAUGUCUUGGUUAGUAAGAAGUUCCAGGCUCGUUUCCGGACUUCAGUUGCCGAGCUCUUAAAACAUACAUUACGCGAGGUCAGUUGGUCCGGGACAACGAGUGAACAGCUUAAACACUCAGAGGCCAAGAACCUGUGCCUCCCAGAAAUGACUCUGUGAGGAGGGUCCCCAGAAUUGAAGCUAAAACAAAAGAAACCCAAACUGACAUGGCAUGCUAGUAAGAAGCAACUGAUAUUUUUUGAUAAAAUAAACAAGCCAGGCAAAUACUGGCUAGUUAACCACUUUAUCAGUGAGCCAUUCUUCUCUUAUUUUCCACUGUGCAGUAUAGCUUUGUGUGUGGAUGUGCCUGCAUAUGGGUAUUUCCUAACUGGGAUAUCUUUGAAUCAAAUCUAAUUACAAGAUACCCAGUAGGCCAUUUUUCUAUCUGUUGACUGAGGCAGCCCUAUUUAGGGUUGCCAUAGAUGUGGGGAAAGCUUUUUAAAUUUGAUUCUUGCUCAUUACAAUACACUGACAUUGUCUCUGAUUUUGAAGCAUUUUAUUAUUUUCUUAGAAUAACUUAAAAGAUCCUGGAGCUUCUAAUUAAAGAUAAGAUAGAUUUUUUUUACAAGAAUACUAAGGUGUAUGCUGCUUCUAACAUUCCUUUUCAUUUUUGCAGAUAGUCUCACAGACAUAUUCACAAUGUUACAAAUAGAUUUAUUCUUAACUUUAUGUAAUUCAUGCAUUCUGCCAGAGAAUGUAUGUUAUAUUCAUUUAAAGUUUAUUACUAGGAAUUUAAAUAGAUUCUCAAAACUGGUGUUAUGUGUGAGUGUAUGUCAAGAACAUCAUAAACCCACAAGGUUGACAUUUAAGUAGACAAUAGACUUGCCCAAAAGAUAAUGGAAAAAAUAUAGAAUUUGGAGCCAAAAGAACUUUGAUCUCUACCAACUCCAUGACACUGGACAAGUUACUUAACCACUCUGGGACUCUGUUCGUUAUCUUUAAAAUAAGAAAGUUGGAAUAGAAGAUGGACUAUAAGGUUCCUUCUAACUCUGAAUCCUAUGAUCCUAUAACAAGUUCAUAAAAUGAAGGCUUUGAUGACACAUUAGCUUCAUUCCGCUAUUUCUCCAUAUUGUAACUUUUUAAAAAGUCCAAGCAAUAAUGCACAAGAGUCAUCUUAAAUAGAAACAAUUCAAUUCAACAAAAUAAGUUCCUACUGUAGGCAAGGCAUCAUGCUAGGUACUGGGGACACAAAGAGAAAAAAAGAAAUUAAUAACCCUGCCUUCGGGGGGCUUAAAUUCUACUGGAUUGUUCACAAGUACAUACAAAUGUAACCCAAGCCUCAAAGCACAUUUAUAUGAGGCUCUUUUAUUGGUGGAAAUUGAUUAUUCAAUGAUCUCUACCUGUCAAGAAGUAGAGUUGGUUUCUAGAAAAAGUGAGAUUCUGGUCUUCUGGCUUCCAUCUUCAAGAGAGAAGUCAUACCAUUCCAGAAUCUCUUCAGGUUGCUAAAGAAAGACCUGGGAAGACCACCUUCUGAGAAAGUGACAUAUAAAGGAGCCAGCAUUUCAAUCAUGUCCCUAUUCCUGGUUUAUAACACUAGAGACUUUGGGAAAUUUCCCCUUGGAUGAGAUCUGAGACUCUCUUGGUUGAGGUGAAUUAUUUCACACCCAAAGGGAGAGCCCAUUAUUUCUGUGUAUUUUCUGGUGUGUAAUCUCAAAUGUAUACUUUCUCUGACUUCUGAUUACUAUCUUUUGAAUAAAUAGGUUUAUCUGCUAUUUGC